AUGGCUGGUACUUUCUUAUUUACUUCUGAAUCCGUCGGUGAAGGUCAUCCAGACAAGAUCUGUGACCAAGUCUCCGAUGCCAUCCUAGACGCCUGUUUGGCUGAAGACCCUCACUCCAAGGUCGCCUGUGAAACCGCCGCUAAGACUGGUAUGAUCAUGGUCUUCGGUGAAAUUACCACUAAGGCUACCCUAGAUUACCAAAAGAUUGUCAGAGACACCAUCAAGCAAAUCGGGUACGAUGACUCUGCUAAAGGGUUCGACUACAAGACUUGUAACGUUUUGGUUGCCAUCGAACAACAAUCUCCAGAUAUUGCUCAAGGUGUCCAUGAAGAGAAGGAUUUGGAAAACAUUGGUGCCGGUGAUCAAGGUAUCAUGUUCGGUUAUGCUACUGAUGAAACCCCAGAAGGGUUACCAUUAACUAUCUUAUUGGCUCAUAAAUUGAACAUGGCCAUGGCUGACGCUAGAAGAGAUGGUUCAUUAGCUUGGUUGAGACCUGAUACUAAGACUCAAGUCACUGUUGAAUAUAAGGACGAUAACGGUAGAUGGGUUCCUCAAAGAAUCGACACAGUCGUUGUCUCUGCUCAACAUGCUGACGAAAUUUCCACUGAAGAUUUGAGAUCUUUGAUCCAAUCUGAAAUUGUCGAAAAGGUUAUUCCAAAGGACAUGUUAGAUGAAAACACUAAAUACUUCAUUCAACCUUCCGGUAGAUUCGUCAUUGGUGGUCCUCAAGGUGAUGCUGGUUUGACCGGUAGAAAAAUUAUUGUCGAUGCUUACGGUGGUGCUUCUUCCGUUGGUGGUGGUGCUUUCUCUGGUAAGGAUUACUCCAAGGUGGAUCGUUCUGCUGCUUACGCCGCUAGAUGGGUCGCAAAAUCUUUAGUCGCUGCUGGUCUAUGUAAGAGAGUGCAAGUUCAAUUCUCUUACGCCAUUGGUAUCGCUGAACCAUUAUCUUUACACGUCGACACUUACGGUACUGCUACCAAGUCUGAUGAAGAAAUUAUUGCUAUUAUUAAGAAGAACUUUGACUUGAGACCAGGUAUCUUAGUUAAGGAAUUAGACUUGGCUAGACCAAUCUAUUUACCAACAGCUUCUUACGGUCAUUUCACCAACCAAGAAUACCCAUGGGAAAAGCCAAAGACUCUACAAUUUUAA